ACGAAAGAUCUUCAUCAAAUAAUAUAUGUGAGACGGCAUGCAGUUGUAGGCAAGAGGCGUGCGGUGAAUUCAAAUAUUCAACAAGCAUUUCAGCUACAGGUUUGGUCAUCACCUGUUAUGAAUCAAGUACAAGAGUACCGGUACCAAUUCCAGUACAAAUCAGAGAUACAGAAAGGAGGAAAUCAAUCUUUAAAUGCAGAUAUACUUACGGAAACCAUGUACGAACAAGGCAUCAUUCGAUUCCUGCAGGAAACUUUGUCGACUGUAGAGAUAGUCCAGUUACAAAUUACAUACAUGUUAUUCAAGAAAAAGCAAAAUGGUCUCAUAGUUUGUCAGAUAAGAUUUCCAUAUGGCACUGCGACAGGUUUCAGAGUUGGUUCAAAAUAUAUCAUGACUGCAUAUCAUGUGGUGAAAAUUAUCGCCGAAGUAGUGCCUUCGAGAGAGUUUAAGGGCCGCCAUGGACAAAUACAUGUUAUAGGCCUGGCACAUCGCAAUGUGUUUGGCUUGUUUGAAUACUUUAAAGAGGACAUCUUUGAACAUAAACGGAAAUAUUUCUUCAAAAAUGUUAUUCACUUCAAAGACGAACACACUGAUGUAGCUGUGUUAGAGCUCGCAGAUAAUGGAGAUGGCCAAUCUAUGCCUCUACCAUUCGAAAUCUGUCGUGAUCUAAAUGUAACAAGCCAAUUUACACUCAUUGGCCACAAUGGAGGUGCAAUGAAAUAUAAUGAGGUUGGCCUUGUAAUUGAUAGAGACGCUACAAAGACUUUGGAUGAUAUUCGAUGGGUAAAGAAUCACAGUUUAGAACAGACCAAUGAAAAUUUUGAAUUUCCUCCUUACAAUAUGCUGACAAAUAAACAGAGAGUACUGUUUCAUUGUAAAUUUAGCAAGGGUGCAUCAGGGUCGCCUGGUAUCGUAAUUCUGGAAAAUGACCAUGUUAUAGUAGUUACAAUGUUGUUAUGUGGUUAUCCAAAUUGGUACUAUGACGGUAGCGUUGAUAGAAACCUCCGAUCGCGUUGGCCAAAAGAGUACUGUAUAGAACAGGGUGCAGACAUGGCAUCUGUUGCAAGAACAAUGUAUAAUAAAAAUCGAGUUCUAUAUCAGGAUAUAUUUAAUACGCAUCUACCUGAACCUUUUUUUAACACAUAUACAUAAAGUAGUAUUUACUUUUUACAAAUGGGCAUUGGCUAUGUUUUACAUCUAGCACAACAGUAUUUUCAUCUCUACAUUGUAAAACCUAGUCAAGGGAUUUUUGUUUUCACGGACGAUUUAUUAUUUGAAGGCUGAAUGUUGAUUUAAGUUGUUUUGUUUCCAAUAUCCAUAAUAAAGCAAUAUAUACAUAUACCGACGAUUUUAUCGAGGAGGAUCUCUUUCAAUUUCUUCUUCAUUUACCCCCUGUUUUUGUAUCC